AUGACACCCGUACACUUCAGCUUUACCUCAGCUUUCAUACUAGGCCUAAUAGGCCUAGCAUUCCAUCGCACUCAUCUACUCUCUGCACUGCUUUGUUUAGAAGGAAUAAUGUUAUCCCUAUUUAUUGCGCUAGCCCUAUGAGCGAUACAAUUUGAGUCAACCAUGUUUUCUGCAGCCCCCAUGUUACUGCUAGCCUUCUCUGCCUGCGAAGCCAGUGCAGGCCUAGCCCUCUUGGUUGCCACAGCCCGCACCCAUGGGACUGACCGACUACAAAAUCUUAAUUUAUUACAAUGCUAA